AGGCGUAAAUCGAUUUCCCGCCUUCAGCCCCACGCCGGAGCAACCCACUACUUCCCCGGAUAAGAUAACAUCAUCGGCACUGACACAGGACGGGUCUGCAACCCGAACUCCUCCCAUCCUGGUCUCCAGCCAUGGCCACCGCCACCUCACCGCUCCUCUCCCUCUCUUCCCUCUCGGCCUCCCUCCCCUCCCCUUCCCGGGCACCCGCCUCCCUCUCCCUGCGCGCCAUCGCCCCACAGGCCCGCCUGUCGACCUCCUACGCCGCCUUCCCCAUCGGUGGGUUCGGAGCCUCGGCGUCGACGGGGAGGCUGAGGAGGAGGGGGCUGCAGGUGGUGUGUGCCGCCGAGCCGCCCAAGACUGGAAGACAGCCGGACUCGGUCAAGAAGAGGGAGCGUCAGAAUGACAGACACCGCAUCCGCAACCAUGCUCGCAAGGCCGAGAUGCGCACCCGGAUGAAGAAGGUUUUCAGAGCCCUUGAAAAGCUUAGAAAGAAAGCUGAUGCCCAACCUGAAGAAAUCAUUGAAAUAGAGAAAAUGAUCUCCGAGGCAUACAAAGCCAUCGACAAGACAGUGAAGGUUGGUGCCAUGCACAGGAAUACUGGAGACCAUCGCAAGUCCAGGCUUGCAAGGAGGAAGAAGGCCAUUGAGAUAAUCCGUGGUUGGUAUGUUCCUAAUGCCGAACCUGCUGCAACUGCCUAGUUUCUGGGGGAGUCGUCAUUGUGAAUUUGCAGCAGCUUUUCCUUCAUCACAUCUUGCCAAUUUUGGACAGCAUAUGUUAUUGAACGAACUCAAUAGACUGCCAGGUCUUCCCCAUGGCAAGUGUUCUGGUACUGGUUACUGUGUUUAUGUGCUCGCUAUGCAGUAGAAGCUCUGAAACAAUAUUGGGCCAUUGCUUGUCUUACAUUCCCUCUGUUGUAAAACUUCAAACUGAAAUAUACCUGUUGUAUGGUGUAUGCAGAUAUCUUCAGCUAGAGAUAAUAUGUUCAGUAUGAAUGCUUUCUCUCCUUA